AUGGCGUAUGGUAUUGAUAACUUUUCUGAUGGUGAUACAACUGUGGUGAGGUGGGAGAGGAAGAAGAAGGAUUUGCCUCUUAUUCUGAUCUCAUGUUGUAUGCCCUACGACAGCGAGGCAGAGCCGCCGCCGGAAAAAUUCAGACAGGCUAUCAGGAUGUGGAGACACGAUGUACUGAUUGGAUGUGAUGCGCAUGCGCACCACACUCUAUGGGGAAGCUCGAAUGUUAAUCAGCGAGGUGAGUCUUUAGUAAAUUUUCUUAGUAGUACUAACCUUUGUGUAUGUAAUAGGAGUUGCGACUCUCCUUUCGUCGUUAGGAAUAGGAGUGAAGUGCUAGACCUUACUUUGGCUACUAAUUUGGGGACCUUAAUGGCCAGUAACUGGAUGGUAUCGGAGAAGUCUUCCCCCUUGGACCAUUGCUGGAUUCGUUCUAGGAUAACUUUACAACUGGAGAUGAGGGCGCCAUUUAAGAACUCUCAAAGGGCUAAUUGGGAUGGGUACUCGGCGGCCCUAGAAUCUGAAAUGGCUAGGCGGGUACAAGAACUGAUAAGAAGAGGUAAGUCGAUUGACAGUGCAGUUGAGUGCCUGAGUGCGGUUAUGAGGGAGGCCUUCGAGGCCAAUUGUCCCAUUAGCCAUCCUGCAAAGUGUGGUAGACCACCAUGA